UCAAAAAAUAAAUUCUGUCAAAACUUCAAAUUCAAAUUCAGUCAAAACAAUUUUUGUGGAAUUCAUAACAAACAACAAGGUUAUGUUUUCGUACAGUACAAGAUUAUUGGAAAUACUUCAACAUUAAUAUGAGCCCAAAAAGGAAAAAGACAAAAGUAAGUGGCAAUGAAGAAGGAAAACUUAAAGUUGUAAGUGAAAAGAACGUUGAGGAUCAAAAUAUGCCAUCAAAUUCAAAAAACUGUUUGACGGAAGAAGAACUACGAGCAUUGAAAAGAAAAAACUUCGUAAAAGCCUGUGAACAAGUAUCAUAUAAGGAGUAUUACGAUUAUGGAAAAAGAUUUAAGUUAGUAUAUCUACCGCAAUGUAUAAAUGGAAGCGAUUGCAAUCAUCAAAAUAAUAAAAAUACUCCGAACAUAAAUCAGAUACCAUCAUACGGAGAGGAAUCAUUUCAAAUAGAAAUCAAAUCGGGCACAUGGUCAGAAGCAUUAGAAGUCUGCUUUAUAUGUCUUACAUCUAAUCAAUAUUUAUCAGCAAAUAUUCUGAAAAACAUUGUGGAAAUAAUGCUGAAUGCCCAUGAAGAUCCAGAUGAAGAUUACACAGUGGCAUAUUUAUUAGAAAAAUGUCAAGAUGUUCUUUCACAACAGUUUAGUAUUCAUCCACCAUGCUUAAUGAAGACCAUAAGAAAAUGUUACAAUGAUUUCCUAACAUCCUCUAUGGAUAGAAAAGAGAAUACAUUCACAAAUAGAGAUAAAUAUGAAUAUAAUAAAGGAAUUGUUAAAUAUUGCAUGAAUAGAUUGGAAUAUGAACUAAGUUCAGAGAGUAUUGAUGAACCUUUGAUAAAUGAAUAUGAAAUAACUCCCGAAGAAAUGAAAGACAGUGUUAAAGGCUUACAUUGGCAAAAACAAAAACUUGAAUUAUAUGAAACUUUGAAUAGACAAGACAGAAUUAAUAGACUCAUGGCUGUAUUAGAAAGUAUUAUCGAAUUGUUGCAGCUUGAUUUAGUAAUAUGGCAUUCUAGGUACAGUAAUAACACAGGGUGUCACAUAAUGAGAUCACACAGACCACUAAUGGCUUUUGUUUUAUGGUCUGACAAUAUUUUAUUCACUGGAGCUGUGAAUAAUAAUUGUAGACAAAUCUUAAGGAUAUUUUCUUAUAUGGUACACCUUUCAUAUCCCGAAGAACACAUAAGGAUUAUGACUAUGUGGCUUAAUUCAAUCAUACAAACUUUUUACAUUUGCGAAAAUAAUUCAAAUAGUGACUAUCCUAAUACUGGCAAAUAUUGCAAUGCAUUUGCAAAGGAGUUUUAUAAAAUUAUUUCAGGACUUCCUCAUGACUCAGUACUCAAAAUACUACAAAAUGUACAACCAACUUACAUGCAAAAUAUUCUCGGGACUAUACAUUUACAGUCAACAAUACCUACAGCAAAAGAAAACAUUAUAGAAAUUCUGAUUGAAUUUUUAGGAAAUUCACAAUGGGAAAAAUACCCAACAAGCAAUGUCGACUUGGGAAUAUUUUUAGACAAUAAAUUAAAAAUAAGAAAAGUGAAAAGCAUGUCACAUUACUUAUCAAAAAUAUUACACAAGAUGCAUAAAGAAAAUCUUCCAGUCUCUGACAGUUCCAAUCCAUAUCCCAAAUUCAAUCCAAACCUUGUAAAAGACCCUCAUGGAAUACCUCAAAAUUAUGUAGUGUUUGCAUUAUAUAUUACACUAAAUGCUUAUCUAGAUGCAUAUAGUGUACAAAAUGUUCAAAAUGUAUUGGAUUGCCUAAAUGAUGGUCUAACUAAAGGCAGUAUUGAUAAGAGUGAACCAUCUUCUGAAUUUUGUACAUAUAAUGUAACUGUACCUUUCAUAAAACAGUAUCGUUCUAUAUAUACAUUAAUGAAAGAACUUAUAAUUAUGUUUCAAAAACUGAAAAAUAAUAAUACACUUCCCAACACUUUUAAAGUGUUUGAGAAAAUAGAUUUUCUGGCAACAUUAAUAAAUUUUUCAUAAGAUUUGUGAAAA